AUGUACGGCGUUCGACCCGAUCCUGUCUACCAUGUCAACGAGCCAAAACGCGUCGGCAUACUAUUACUCCGCCAGGUACUUUCGCCACUCCUGAUGCACGCUUCAGUCAUGUGCACAUCGACCUGGUAGGUCCGCUUCCACCAUCUAACUGUUCUACCUAUAUGCUGACAUGCAUUGAUCGCUUUACUCGGUGGCAGGUUGCUGCGCCCAUUCCGGACAUCAGUGAGAAAACCGUAGCAAGAGCUCUCUUGACUCAUUGGGUGUCCAAUUUUGGAGUUCCUGCGACUGUCACCACUGACCGCGGAUCCCAAUUCGAGUCCACGCUGUUUCGCGAAUUCACAUCCCUUCUCGGUACCAACCGAAUCCGAACAACAACGUACCACCCUCAAGCAAAUGGUCUCGUCGAACGCUUCCAUCGACAGCUCAAGACUUCCCUUAUGGCCCAGCCCAAUCCUUUCCGAUGGUCUGAUCACCUUCCCCUGGUGCUGCUGUCCCUCCUUUCCACUCUCAAGGCCGACAUCGGUUGCACUGCGGCUGAUCUUGUCUACAGAACCUCCCUACGACUGCCCGGUGAGUUAGUGUCUCCCUCAAAAGUGCUAACGUUUUUUGAACCUUGCAGUUAUGUGGAUCAACUGCGUAGUGCCAUGCGCAAUCUCCGCGCAGCGCCCCAUCGGGCGUCACCGGUCAAUUCCUUCAUCCCUCCCGACCUGGAUAAGUGCAAUUUCGUCUUGGUUCGGCAGGACGCUGUCCGACGACCACUCCAACAACCAUAUGACGGGCCGUAUAAUGUCCUUCGUCGAUCUGACAAAGAUGUUGUCACCGACCGCAACGGCAAGACCGACACAGUCAGCACUGAACGCGUCAAGCCGGCGUUAAUCGACUACAGUGACCAUUCCUCACCCCAACACUGUACCCCGCCGCAAACAGUGAUGCCUCCACCUACUGGCGACAGCCCCCUCCGGUUCGCCGCAUACGAUCUGGUCGUCACGUCCACUGGCCCAACAGGUUUGUGGCUGGCUAGCAUGUCGACGCCUUCGCUCCGUUUGGCGUCUGGGGGGGAGUUGUAGCAGUCGCUCCAGUCCCCCUUUUCUCCGGCUCCGUUUUGUCGGUCGAUGGCCGUGACAAUCGUUGCCAGGCCGAUGACACACAACCACCCCCGCCGAUUAUAAUUGGGCCCCCCUCCUGUCCAGCUGCAGUGACCCCCGGCUGCCCCCACAAACUGUUAUCACCUUAUGCGCGUCAGACGACCUGGCUUGAUACCCGUGAGCCCCUGUAAUUAUGCUUUCCCCUAAUCCUCCCCUAAUCCGUCCAAUCUCAUGACCAGCAUCCAACCAGUCACCCCCACCUACUGACACACACUUUCACUCCCGCGUAAACUACACACCGCGACUGACGCUCUCCGUGAACCGACGCUUUUCUCUGUUGCAAGCAAACAGCCAACUUACGGCAAUCUGCCCUGUGUACACAAUAAACUAGUCCUCACAGCUGCCUGACUUCUGUCAUUAGACGAAACGAACUUAUUGUGCGUGAUUUAAGUUGAUCUCAAAUCCUUGACUUUCGCAAGUGUCUCUGCCAAAGCUGUCCAGAUAUGUGAGUUCACAUCACCUAAUUUUUUUUCCGAAAAAACUUAUGACUUUGUCGAAUGUUUCUUCUUCCCGUCCUUGAGUACUGUUGUCCUUUCUUUGGUUUAAUGAACGCCUGUGGCCUUGAUAAAAUCGAAGUUACUCAGAGAGUUUCUACUCGAAAUCUCUUCCCUCAAGCUGCGUCCAGUAUUUCUUAUACUAAGGUAUAUCAGUUGAUGGACAUUAAGCUUUUAUGGAUUAGAAGGCUUGAGGCUGACCUUGGAUUCCUGUUUCGCAUUCAAUCUUGCUCCAAUCUUCUGCGCAUCAACAUUCUCAUUCCGAGAGAUCCUUCCUAUACCUCAGGUAACUCCUCCAUGGUGAUCUGGCCUCCUCUUUCUUCUUAUUCUAAAUGCUUCCUCCUUUUCAUCCCAAUAUGCCUUUCGUUGGAAUAAUUCAGUUGAUUUAUCCACCAGAACCCAGAACACAGGCCAUCCACUAAGUUAUCGGUAUUUAAAUCGGAAUUGCGUAAGAACCUUACACAAAAAACACAAAGUCCCUCAGCCUAUUGACUCUGAGAAGGGCGUUCCUGGGAUUUAACAGUAGAUCAUACAUAUUUUGCCUGCUCAAGUGGAGACUGUCACUUUUAUUUUUUAUGAUUCCCAGUUUUUAAUUGGCUGCCAAAUCCACUGUUAUUAGCCCUCCUCUGCAUUGAUGAUGUUCGCGGUUGUUUAUGCCUUUUCAUUUCGACCCUAAGCGAUCUGUUUUCGAUGGCAGCGGAAUCCACUGUUUUCGACAUCCGCUUGUAGCUUAAUUGGUCAGCAAGGAAGUAUCAUGGUCGCAUCUUCCCGUACGCCUUAAUGAGCGCCGCAGCCUUUAAUGUCCCCUCAUCGGCAAGAAUCUAAGCGGACUGCGAUCGGUCGCGUCUGGCUUCCUCCCGUCUCGAAAUUUUGAAGCAGAUAGCCUCAUCUGUGUUACGAAUUCUGCUUUGACGAUGUCUGUUUCGAAUCCCUUAUACACUACCAUAUGCAGGCCGGUCCUCUCCGACCCGCUUAGAAUAGGUGGUCUAACUCAGGAAAUGUCGUGGUCGAAACUUGAGCGUGAAGUAUACCUUGCAUUCGGUGUUGUUAUUUGGGUUUAUUAAAGUGAUUCGGGACACGGAAAUCCAUUUACUGAUGAGAAGUUCAUUUCAAACUCCUUUUUGAAGGAAAACAGGCCAGAUUUGGUAGAAAUCUGACCUUUCUUGAUAUCCAGAUAAUUUCAUAGACUGUGGAAAUUUGCAGGUUGAAACUAUAUGUUUAUGUGCAUUGUGCUGUAAACGAAGACUAAUGUAAACUGGAAAAGUACGAAAAAGAUUCCAUCUGGAAACGGAAAAUUCGACUUUGCCUCGAAGAACAAUCAGGUGAGGGCGGGUUUAAGAAAUUACAACGUUUUCAAGAAAAAGGGCCAAAAUCAGCUUAUAAAAUCCUUUUUUUGUAAAUUGCUGGCGUUUCAUGGUAUAAAACGUAGCAGCAGACAUGUUCGACAAUGUUUUUUUACUACACCGAGGACUGAUAGGCAUAACCAAAUAAUAUUGGGUACGCGUGACAUGCUGCCACUUUUCUGUGUCAUGCCGUAUGACAAAGAUGUCCAGACAAUGUCUCUCAGCAGUCGAAAAUGAUAGCAUACGGAAAUGACUAUCGGAAGGGUUGUCGCGUGAGUCGUUGGCAAGAAUGUUUAAUAUUGAUAAGGUUACUCUGUGGCGAAUACGUAACGAUAGAACAUUAUCCAGAAAUUAGCAGGGUGGACCAAAACUGUCCACAACUAAGCAAGACGGCGAUUUUAUUGGUUGUACAGUAGGAAUUAUCAUCGAACCCAUUUACAGGGAACAUCUGCCGAUGUCCUCUCUGAAUAGAAUUAGGAACAGGAUGUGAAAAUUUGAACUUCACCAACAGAAGACCAUGAUCACGCCGUUUUUGGCUAGGAAACCUGUUGGAGAACGUUUUUUAUUUGCUAAGAAAUAUAUUGAUUAUCGGCCCUCAUUCCGCAGGAGCAUUUGCCUCUUCGAUGAGAUCUUAUUUUUAGACAAGGCAGUGAAGUCGCCGCAGAUGGUCAUGUGGGGGAAAAACUUACAAAAGCGCACACUGCGCCAACGGCAACUUGCAAGAAUUGCCGACAGUUAAUGGUUUGAAUGGCGAUUAAAUUUGAAGAGCAGCCAGUCUGGCGGUUGACUUCGGGCACUAUCAACAGCAAGGUGUUCCUCCACACGUUUUUGAUUACAAUGACAUCCACCGACGCCGGCUGGAUACCAUAAUUUUACACGACAGUGCACCUGCCCUUCUUUUUAAAGAAUUAUGGGUAUGAUACCAGAGUCGUUACACUCCGAUUCGCCGCGAAUCGUAGUGAAGACAGUUUAAGCUGCAUACCAGUUAUAACGGGUGGCGAUUAAAUAAUACUACCAUCUGACGUAGAUUUAGGUAAGACUUCUGAAUUAGAUUUAGUCAAGCCUUCUGACCUAGGUGUAGUUAAUCUAUGCUUACGUACAGAGGCCGAGAGCUUUCGCCGACCUGUGAUUUUUACUCUCAUCUUGUCUCGAGGUAAGUUGUAACUAAGUAAACUUCUGGCAGAUCAGGUGACUGAAUUUCAGCUAGAAGCUAAAGAUGUAGAAAUAAAUCACACAGUUAGAGAGAAAUCGAAUGCACAAAAUUUGAAUUGCAGAGUGCGACUGAUGGUGUCAGGCACAGAGUAGUGCAACUCAAAAGGGCAAUGGCAACAUGUAGGUCUGAGUGAAUAGACCUGUAUUAAGGUAAAGUUAACCAAAAAACCGGAGCCAAAAUCAUUAGGUCUCUCAGAAAAACCAAUUAAAAUAAUAUCUUCCACUUAUCUUCAAAUUUUAAAAUUCAGAUACGGAGAUGGCCAGGUUGUCCAUAACGGAUUGUUCAAUGAGAAUGUCUAACAUGAAAUCGAGUUUUUCGUGCAUGGACAGUUUCUUCUUCACCUAACGCCAAUGUCUUUUGAUGAGUACGAAAAUAUUUUCAAUGGGGUUGAGAGCUGGGCAGUUGGUAGGGAUGAAAAUCGACUUGAGUCCACAUGCGGAGGGGCUGGCUGUUGUCUAAGUGGUCAGAUUGCGGUUAAAUGUGUCAUAGGAUUCAUACUUCGGCAUCAAAACAGUGUCGCAACACUAAAGAAAACUUUUUCCGGUCUACCUAUCUUACGAAAAUGAUGAUAGAAUUGGGUUGUAAGGAUGGGGCCUCUAAAACGUGCAAAACGGUAAGAAAUAUAGUGCGCGAUAAUUAAGAAGUUAUAUUUGCGCCAAAUUUUGUUUAGAUGCAUCAAAAAACCUAAUGACUGAUCUUCAGACUGACAAAGCAGCUUAUGAGAAUGCAGGAAGAGAACUAUCACAUGAUGCGUUAACGGUAUUGGCCGGGUUGCAACGUAAACCGAAAAAAGAAGUUCGGUACACAGAGGGCGGCACGCGACAUACUGGUAAGAUAUGUUCAAAAUUUGUCAACCUAAACCUUCCCUAGUGAUUUGAUGUACUGAAGAAUUUAUUUUAAGAAUUUGUGCAUAUCAGAUUUAGAGAUAUCAAAUCGUAAAACUUUAGGAAAGCAGUUUACAACGUCAGUCAACUACGUAAGUAACUUAGUUAGUAUGCCAUACCGGUCCCAUGUUUUCGUAAAUGCCUGGUAUUGUCAUUCAAGUAAAUCCCAUAACUAUCUUGUCGUUAGGAGGUUGUUUUUCGACUGACCUACCUUGCGGUUAUUAUUUGCGUCCCAUCAAAUACUUCCCUAGUCAUUUUCCUACUACAUCAUUUGGUUACUUUAUUAACCAGUGUGUAGGCAGGUCAGGAGUGAGCCUGAUCAUCUUCUUAAAAUGCGCACAUUAUACAGUCUCCGCUGACACUUUCCGGGGGUUCAAUAUGCCUCACAAUACAGCAUGCGAACUACUGCAUUCACGUCCUAUCUGUUCAAAGCCACACCAAAGUUAGCGAACUUGCUUUGCCCAAUCUACUGCCCCCCACCGUUGCUCAGCCUUCCACCAUGGAAGUCGUAUGCUUACGGAGGAUGGUACUAUGGCAUCCUUUGACCAUAACCACCAUCGCACACCCGAUGUCUCCAUGCUCUUGCCUUUUUUCGGAGAAAACGGCAAAACCUUAGCUAUGAACUUCCACUGCACAGCGAUAACAACGCACGUACACACACCUAAUGAUUUGUCAGCCGCAGGCUAAUAGGUUUACAUCGUAACCCGGCCAAUACCGUUAACGCAUCAUGUGAUAGUACUCUUCCUGCCUUCUCAUAGUCUGCUUUCUCAGUCUGAAGGUCAGUUAUUAGGUUUUUUAUGCAUUAAAACAAAUUUUGGCAAAAAUGUAAUUUUUUAAUUGUCGCGCAAUAUAUUUCUUGCCGUUUCGCACGUUUUAGAGGCCCCUCUCGUACCACACCCUCCUACCAUCAUUCCCCUAAGACAGGUAGACAGGGGAAAAGGUUUUCUUAAGUGUUGAAACACUGUAUUCACGCCGAAAAAUGUUCUGGGCUGAAAUAGUUCACUUUAACAGGUUUAUAAUGAAGUUCUCAUAACUGACUCUGCUGAAAAGCAGCAGGAAAGGUGAGUGGGGCUGCAAAAACUGAAUGGUUUAAAAAAUCCGAUCUUUUAUACCAGCAAUGAAUCAAUGGGAAAUGAGGCCAUUACGGUCGAGUUCUCGCAGACCAUGGUAGACCAUCAAUACAAAACAAAAAAAUUCGCCGCGAAAAUCAUCAACAGAUUUUAUUGGUAACCGACGCAGGGUAUCAAAAUUCCAGUUAGUAUAACUAGGACUAUAAGGUAUGUCAUACGAAGGUAAACAGCGUUUUGCGAAAUUAGCCAUAGUCGGAUUUUCGGGUAAUUUGAGCUGUUUGACACAGAAAAAGUGGAAAAUAGUAAUAUGUUCUUGAGAUAAAUGGGGGAUAGUAUUCUUCAUGUCAGUUGAUAGUGCGCUCCAAAUGACAAAGCGAUUUCAGCCCAUUUAAACGAGGGAUUGCCUAUGUUUUUACUGCACUUUAGCUGCCCUCCAAACGGGCCACGUGGCCGAUACGCUGGACCAAUAUGGGGCCAAGUCGGGUCUGACAGGCGUUAUCGAAAUUGGCGCCAUAACAACUGCCAACAGUUCGGGGUAG